GAGAAAUGUGCAGACGUUUCGUGUUUCGCGUGUCGUGCGUCCAGCUAAUCGCGCUCCGAAUUCCGCUAUGAGAGACUUGAACAAGAAACCCAGUUUCCAGAGUGUGUUUGCGCCCGGAAAGUUCGAAUCGCAGCUGAUGGACGUCGAUCACACGCCAACACCGAUGGUCGAUGAUGAAGGAAUGGAACUGAUCGACCCUUUCUGCAUGAAGGAUAAGCCGCAAAAAGUUAGGUUUGAGGACAUCAUGUUGGCAGCGAUCAAGAUAAAAUCCGGAAUUAUCAGAACACCAUGUGUGAAAUCACGCUUGUCGGACACCGGUAUGGACCUUUACAUGAAGAAAGACUUCCUUCAAAUUACCGGUAGUUUCAAGGAACGCGGUGCCCGAAAUGCUCUGCUGUACCUCAACGACGAGCAGAAGCGUACAGGUGUGAUAUCGGCCUCCUUGGGCAAUCACGCCCUGGCUCUUUGCUAUCACGGAAAAGAGUUGCAGAUACCUGUGACGGUGGUGAUGCCGGUGGUAGCUCCGAUAAUGAAGAUUACGGCGUGUCGGCAGUACGGUGCGAACGUGAUUGUCGAUGGCAACGACAUGGGAGAGGCCAAGAAAAUCGCUUUGACACAGGCAAAGGAGAAGGGCUUAGUCUAUAUCAAUGGAUAUGAUCAUCCACAUAUUAUAGCUGGUCAAGGAACUCUCGGCUUAGAGAUCGUCGAGCAAGUGCCAGACAUCGACGCUGUAGUGGUUCCCGUCGGUGGCGCUGGAUUAAUAGCGGGUGUUGCGAUAGCUGUUAAAACAAUUCAUCCGAAUUGCAUGAUUAUUGGGGUCGAGUCGGAAAGGUGCGCGAGUUAUUACGCGGCGCGCGAAGCCGGUAAACCAACGUACACCCCCAUACAGUCUACUCUCGCCGAUGGAUUGGCCGUUCCCAUGGUGGGAUAUAAUGCGUUUGCCACCGUGGAUUCGUUGAUCGAUAAAAUGGUCAUAGUAAAAGAAGAAUGGAUUGCGAUCGCGAUCUUGAAGCUGGUCGAGAACGAGAAAUGCGUUGUCGAGGGAGCAGGAGCGACAGGUUUAGCAGCGGUCUUGGCUGGUCAGCUCGACGAACUCAAGGGAAAAAAAGUGGCGUUACUAUUGUGCGGCGGCAACAUCGACACGACCGUUUUGGGCAGGUGCCUGGAGCGUGGAUUAGCAACAGAGGGCCGCCUCUUGAAAUUCACGGUGACAGUCUCGGACCGUCCAGGUGGUAUUGCUGAGCUCUGCAGGACACUGGCGAGUAUCGGCGUCUCUAUAAAGGACAUCAUGCAUGAGCGGGCUUGGAUAAUGUCCGACAUAUUUAGCGUAGAUGUUAAGGUUGUCUGCGAGACCAGGAAUCGGGAGCACGCCGAACAACUCAAGAACCUACUCCAUCAGAAUUAUUACAAAGUCGUUUUCGGCAGCGAUAAUACCUGUACGCUGUCGUCAAAUAUGAAUAGUAAACAGGAAUUGAAAUAAAUAAAGAUAUUUUCCAGUGGGUGUUUUGCGUCGGGCGUUAUCGUCGAUUGAAUCUUUUAAGAUUCUAUAAUUUUUAAUUAUGAUAUCUUUUCGUAGGAUACCUUGUAUCAGAUAUUUUAACACAAAUGAUUAAAACAGAAUAUCUCGCAUAAUACGAGUUACAUUCAGCCAUUAGUGACUAUGUGGACGAAUAAUUUACGUAAGAUGCAUGUUAAAAUUCAGUAGUAAAAAUCUUUUUUAGGAUACUUUAUCUUCUCGUCGCCAGCUGCCAAUUUUUCAUCUUGUAAAUAAAGAUAUUUAAUCGUUAAGUGGUUAAAUACGUUUUAACAUGCAGCAUGAUAAAAAGUUAGCGAUUUCGAAGACAAAUUUUCAAUAGCAGUUUAAACUUGGAUUCAAGUUUAAACUCUAUUCUAAUAAUAAGUUUUGUUUAAAUAGGGUUUAUGUUGAAGCCUAAGUUUAAAUUAUCAUAGAAAAAUUCAUUUAAAAGCAUUUUCGGUCCUCGAAAAUGCUUUCUCUUUUCAUUUUUCUCUAUUAACCUUAAAUAUAUCUAAUAUGCAUGUUCUUGAAGUCGAGUGUCGUCUCUUGUUUCAAAUACAUGUCCGUCUUUGAAAAACGAUGGAUGAUUGGCGUGAUUCACAAGUGCACAAGACAUUUGAUUCAAAUGAACUUGUUUUCCUUUUGACACUCAAGUCGGAAAGACAUGUGGCUAAGAGACGACACUCGACUUUAAGAACAUGAGUAUUAGACGUAUUUAACGUUAAUAGAGAAAAAUGAGAAGAUACUUCGAAGUAGAAUAAACAUAAAAAGUUGAAUUUGAUUAAGUAAGUAGAAAUUGGUCUUCAACACUUUCCUAUUUUGUCUUACCGUUAACAUUUCCCUGUUUCAACAUUAACGCAACUGAUUUGCAGAUUAUUGCUAAGGAAAGUUGACGAUAAUUGUAGAAACAAGUUAGAUGUAUAUAACGUGUUAUAAAUUGGGUAAUAUCAAAACACGUUAUUUGAAUCGAAAAAUGUUAUUUAACAUUUGUUACGAUUUGUUGUCACGAUUAAUUUGAAAACCCUCGUUUGCAUGUAGACUACGCUAUAUUUUUAUAUGAUAGUCUAGAAACAGAUUUCGAGUUUAUAUAGAUAUAGAAAGGAAGAAAGAAAAAUUUAUUGCUGUUAAUGUACGUGACGCUUGUCUCUUGAAGGAAAUCGGUGUGGCAUACAUAUGUGACGGUCAUAGCAAGCGUGUUGAUUAAUUUAUUAGAGUACUAGGAAAUACCGUAUAUACAUGUGACUUCGCCAAUGGUCAAGCGCGGCUGUGAGAAACUUUCACAUACCGUUCAUUUUUUCUAUGUUUUACUAGCAGUUGUUGUAAUUAUGGUUUGCAACGUCUGUUAGGGAACGUGAAAUAACGCGAAACGAUUGUCUGGCUGUUCUUAAUAAAUCUCAAAUCGUGACUAUCAAAUCACACGAUUGAAUCCAAUAUGGGUUUUUAUGAUCAUUAGAACCUAGGAUUAAGAUUAGUUAAAUUAUUUAGACAUUACGCCUGUCGGUAUGGGCCUUUACAUUAAGAAAGACUUUCUUCAAAUUACAGUAGUUUCAAGGAAUAUGGUACCUGAAACGCUCUACUGCACAUCAACGACGAGCAGAAGCGUACAGGUGUAAUAUCGGUCUCCUUGGGCAAUCACGCUCUGGUUCGAUGCUAUCACAGAAAAGAAUUGCAGAUACCUGUGACGGUGGUGAUGUCGGUGAUAGCUCCGAUAAUGAAGAUUACGGCGUGUCGGCAGUACGGUCGGCGGUGCGAACAUGAUUGUCAAUGGCAACGACAUGGGAGAGGCAAUCGCUUUGACACAGGCAAAGGAGAAGGGUUUAGUCUAUAUCAAUGGAUGAGUAAAUAAUACCUCUAAAAGAGCAAGUAAUAGUGUCUAUCUAACUUAUAACUUAAAAAUAUUUUUCAUGAAUUCUCUUUUCCUGUUUCUGACUACGAUAAAUUAAAUUUGAAUCCACAAAAAUUAGCGGCUCUAUUCAGGACACGAUGCUCGGCAGUUUAUAUAAAAUUUAGAUAUAAUGUCGAGCAGCUAAAAGUGAGAAAAAUAUAUAUUUUUUUUUAUAAGUGUUUUCUUAUACAAUUUGAGGGUGGAAGCAAUCUCGCGGAGCUCAUUUCAUAUAUCUGAUAAUGAAUAUAAAGAUAAUGAGAAUAUAUUUCUUUAAAAAAAUCUUAAAAAUAAUAUUUGACUUAUUGUUUAAUAUUUUAAAUCUCUCUUAUUGUUAUACAUUGUGUUUCUUGUGUUCCUGUCGGUAAAUGGUAAUAUCUACUCAUUUUAUGCUUCAUAUAUAGUAUAUAUCUGUACUAGAGAUGGGACAUCGAACAGAAAUAUUUGAUUAUAAGCUAUAAUCGGUAUCGGUAUCGCUCAUCUCUAGUCUGUACAAAUUUGUUACAUUAUAUUACGUGUUUCUCUAUAUGUUCAAAAUUUAUUCGAAUUACCUAUUCUAUUUGAAAACAAAUAUUUUUGUUUUUGUCCCUUGUAUCGGUUACAUUUUAAAUUGACAAGAGAAAUCGACCAAGAGACACUCAGGAACAUAUAAACAUUUUAUUAUUGUCCUUCGAACAAUCGUUGCAAGAACAUCCAUACAACGAGAAUUGAAAGAAUCUUAUUAUUGAGAUUCAGUUCACGGAUUUCUCACAUUAUUUCUUGUGAUAUUAUACAGAAACUACUCAGAAACUUCAUCGAACGGUCGCAUCGAUAUGAACCCAAACACACAAGUAUUUAAAUAUAAUGGAGCACGAAGAGCUGAAUAUUAUAAUCAAUUUUUCAAUCCAAAUAUUUGUCAUGUCUGCAAAGCAGUAGACCAAGGUAAUUUGAUACUAUGUGAUGAGUGCUGCUUGAUUUCUUAUUGCAACAACAAUCAUAAAAUGCUACACUACAAAGAACACGCGCAUAUUUGCAAAAUUGUAGCACAGAUUUUGGAAAUAAAACCGCAAAAUGACACUCGCAGAUACGACAGCUGGCAAAUAUGGUUCGUAAAAAGAAAAAUUAUUAUGGCAUCAGCCGAAGAGACUUUUGGCAGUCCAAUAGAGAUGUACGUGAAACAGAUGAUCAUGUGGUCAAAAACAUGCGCUAUUUGUUAUCAACAGGCCGAACUACGAGCUUGUCAAAAAUGCUUUUCCGCUAAUUUUUGCAAUGAACACGCAGAAGCUUUUCGCAAGAAACAUGAUGGAUACACGUGCGAACUAUUGACGCGUUUGCUGAAUAUAAAUAUCGAAACUAUUUCUGGCACAAUGACUGAUAUAUCGUAUGAAUUUCUUUCGAGGGUAAAACGAGGUACACGUGUAAAGGAGAUGCUCGAAUUUUACAUGGAAUGUGUAUUAAUAUCAAGAGACGAUGUAAAUUGGCUUGCAAAGGAUUAUGUCUUGUCUGAUUACCUUUCAGGACCAUUGUCAAUUUACUAUGAAUUCGAAAAGAUAUAUAGCAAUAAGACUUGUAAUGUUUUACAUCAGCAAUUUGUUCUUAUUCAUAUUAUAGCCGCAAACUCUGUGGAUAGACAUAGUUUACCGGCUUGGGAAGUUUUGUUACACCUUAUAUCGGAAAUGCGUGAACUAAGAAUUAUAAUGAUAGGACCAGAAUUACAUACGGAAAAUUAUGGUCAUAAUAUUUGUAAUGACUGCCAAAAGAAUGGAAAAAAAAUAAAAUUUUAUCUUAUUCGUAUGUUAUAUCAUGAUUAUGUACAAACGAAUAAAAGUUAUCAGAUACCAGAUUUAAUCGUAGGAUUUGAGGCGAAACUUGAUAAAACACAGACAUGGUCCGAAUCUAUAAAAGUAAUACGGAAUUGCGUUUGUCCAUUAAUUUUAGGCGCAAAAUGCCAAGAGGAAGUUAAUAAUGACAUGAUUGCUAUUGAAAAUGCACUAAAUAUAACUGUAGAACCUAUUGUUAACAAAAAUUAUUUCGCUGGUCUUGCACCACACAAAGACUUACUGUCUGGUAUUAUACGUUUUCGUAAUCAAUAUUUAAGUACAUACAAAAAUUUAGUAGGUUUAGACAGUAGUGAUGAUAAUGAUCUUGAACAAAAGCUAUUAAUUCCCGGUCCUAGCUGCUAGGGCCAGCAGUUCAUUGUAAAAAGGAUAUGAAUUAAAAUGUUUGUAAUUGUAAAUUAAUUAUAAAUUUCUCAAAUAAACAUUAUACUUCCUUAA